AUUUAAUUCAAUCUGCGCAUAAAGCCGAGAUAAAAUCGAGGAAAUCGUCACGAGAGUGAUGCGUUGAAAUCGACCAACUUCCGUUGCCAUAAUGAUGCGCAGACGAAUGAGACGAAUCGCCUGCUAUGUUCCGCGCAUCAUGGCGACGCUCAGCUGGUAGUAAGUAGUGAGUCUGCUGCUGCUGAUCAGUAAUCAGUCGGGGGUAUGUAACGGCUAUUGCGACGGCAUCGUUACACUUCGAUCGCGUUUGCCGAGUGUCAUCCGUGCUGCUUCUUGCGACAAGUCAUCGGUGAACGUUGUCGUGCCGCGACGAACGGCCAUACAGGUGAAAUGGCAAGCAGCACGGUCGUCGAAUGUGCGUCAAAAAUCGCUGUCGCGCUGUCGCCGUCGUCACCGUGUCUCCACGGAAGCCUAUAAUAAUCGUUCGCGCGGAACGAGAGAGCGGGAUCGCAAUCUGGAGUAGACGUGCGAAUGCGACGUGUGAGCGAUCUGCAAAGCUGACAGCUCGUCGCCAGUGAGAGAGAAAGAGAGAGAGAGAGAGAGAGAGAGAAACAGAAAAAGAGAGAGAAAAAGAGAACCAUGGGCAACUGCUUGAAACGCGCCACUGGCAACCAACAGGACAAUACCACUCUCCUGAGCAAUAAUCCCGAACCCAAUGUGUCCACGAGCGGAUCUUCGCAGGAGGGCCUUGGACCACCAAUCCCCUACAACGUAAUUCACCAAGCAGCUUAUUAUCCGUCGAUCGCUACGAGGGAACGUCACUUACAAUCUACCAACUUAAAUAUUGGUCGCGGGAUCGGAGUCAAUUUGGUACAGAGUACUGGCUCUGCCGGUUUGAGCGAAGAGGAACAACAAGUGAGAAUUGCGAAACGUAUAGGACUGAUACAGCAUUUGCCGAUGCGAGCGUACGACGGUGCUAAGAAGGGCGAAUGCGUGAUAUGCAUGAUGGAGCUGCAGGCAGGCGAAGAAGUGCGCUAUUUACCCUGCAUGCACACCUACCACGCGAUCUGCAUCGACGACUGGUUGCUGCGCUCGCUGACAUGUCCGUCAUGUAUGGAGCCGGUGGACGCGGCGCUAAUUAGCUCAUAUCAUCCGACUACUUAAUACAAGAGUGACGGGAAUUUUCAUCGGUUUAGCCGAACGGCAAAUCGCGAUUAAAUUACCAGGCUAAACAUGAAGCGCAACUGAAGUGGGAGCGAGAAAAAUAGAGAAAGUUGCUACUUUUGCUAUAGAACGUAUAAAGGCUUCUGAGUAGUAGAGAGAUCACGUGUUAAUGAUCCGAUUGUAUUUCGCAGUUAUACACGAUAUAUACAUGCGCGCGCGUGCUGUUUAAUAUAAUAAUCUCUACCACAAAGAACACACCUUCCCUAUAAAUCCGCAAAUAUUGUUUGUUUUUAGAUCAUUUCCUAUGAGAAGGAGAACGAGACUUGAUUUUAAUUAAAUCCUAGUAAACACAUCACGAUCCCGAAAUCCUUUUUCGUAGUGAAUUUUAAUUGCUUGUAUUGAUUUUUCAAUUAAAAAAAGAAGAUGAAGAGGUGGCUCGAUGUAAAAGUGCAAUAAAACGUUGAGUAAGCCUCGUGUGCACCGAUUGGUAUAGUCGAAACAAUAAGUAUAUAUAUAUGUGUGUGUGUGUGUGUGUGUGUGUGUGUGUGUGUGUGUGUGUGUGUGUGUGUGUGUGUGUGUGUGUGUAUGUAUGCGUAGUAAUGAGAUAAUAAGUACGAUACGUGCGGAAAUUUUAUUAUGUCGUUUGUAUAUCUCGGCUUUGUGUAACGAUUCUCAUGUAAGUUCUUGUGCGAAUGUUUGAUGAGCUGACGCAAAUUAUGUUUUCCUUCUCUGCUCUUGCAUAAUUGUUUUUAGUUGCCCCCUUGAAUCCGAACAUAACGUACCUAUUAUUGGAUAAAAUAGCGGAUAAUUUUUAUUUUAAGCUUUUACGAGGUAGGAUUUGUUUUAGUAUGCAGCUUACACGUGCAGUAAACACGUGCAGAGACUGGCGGUUUUCUUCUCGUCUAAAACUGUCGGGACUUACGCGACAGUCUGUUAUAUUUUUUCGUGACAAAAGGAAGACUGUCUCUAAUGGUACUCGCAACGUUUUAAUUUUUCUUGAUGCCUCGCGCAUAUGUCGUUACGUAAAUCGCUUGAAUCGCUUCUGCCGCGACGAACAUUGAACAUGUUUCAUUUAGAUAACGUGUACAGAGAGAGAAUGUUUCAUUGUAUGCUACGAACGAUUAGCGGUUUAUUAUACCUACAGAUAGGGAACAUGUAUAGCAACGAAUAAAAAAGCAAACAAAACAGUAAAUUAAGAAGAAAGAGAAAUAUAAAACGCGAUAAAUGAUCCACACUGUUGAACACUACACGCUAAAUAAUGGGCUAUAUAACUUAGAUUUUAUUGUUAAUUUAGUGAAGCUUGUUGAACUAACUCUUGCUGCAGUUACAGUAAAGCAGUGGACAUUUACCGUUCUGUUAAAAACUAUACGGAGGUAUGUACAGUCUUGCGUAGUUUCGUACGUCGAUGUAUAAUAUGCGAUAAAUAGUUUUACUUGAAGCAAAGUAACAUUUUGAAUCGAAGAGAGAAAAAAAGGGAAAGAAUGCAAUUAAAUGUUUAAUUUAUGAAAAGAGGGGGAAAAAACUUAAUAUACGAUACCGCUAAGUUUUCAUUUUAAAAUGGGAAAAUGAUGCUGUGAAAUAGUGAUUUAUUGACGAAGUACAGAGGUAUAUAAAUAAUGAUUUAAUACACAAAUAUAAAUAUUUAGUAAGAAAUUUUUUGUGUUUCUGGAAGCUAUCCAUCUCGACACAAAAUUCCUCGAUCGCGCUCUGAUCGAAUGUUAAUUUAAAUUAGAACUAUAUUUGCAAAUUCUAAAUAGAGUAGCGUAAAUUUUAUAAAAAAAAAUAAGCCAAGGAAGGCUAACGUUAUAAACUUAAUUCUAUAUAUGGAUCUUUCUAAAGUAAAAAAAGAAAGAGAAACAAAAAGGAGAUCCGGACAGUUUGUCCCGAUGAGAUAAGCGCGUUACAUCGCUCUAAUCAAUGUAUCGAACAUUAUUUGCGCGAUUAACCCUUUGUGUUAUAACGAUACUCUAAGAAUUUCGUCUUCUUUCAUUCAGUUUUUAAUUAUUUUGAUGAAUUUCUAGAUUUUAAUACUGGUUUUCUAUUUUCAUAGAAUCCUUUCAUAGAAUAUUAAGUGUUAAAAAA